AUGCGUGUCGAAAGUGCGCAAUUGCGACGCGCAGGGCGAGUCGGCGGGACGCCCUACCGUGUCUGUGUGUGUGUGAGUGAGGGAGGCCGUACGCGGCGAGAAACGUCCCUCUCCCGCAGUAGUACUACGCGGGAACGCGAACGGUGCGGUCGCGAACUCACCUCGUGGCGCGAGUCGAUUUAUAACGCGCUACAAUAGCGCGCGAAUUCGAUCGUGAGAAGAGACCGAAAGAGAGAGAGAGAGAGAGAGAGAUAGAGAAUCACGCGGAAGUGGCAGCACUCGGAUGACAGCUUAUCGCUGAAUGGGUGGGGGCGCCAGGCUCCUCGUGUUUACGUUCCGCGGCGUGCGCGCGCGCGCGCGGUUUGUUUUGUUUACCGAGCGAAGUCAGACGCGCGCUUGAUACGCGGCAUCGGUGUCGCGUUAUUCAAGACGAUUCGCGAACAAAGCCGAACUCGCCGGCUGAAGUUGGCGCUUUAUUAAGUCGGCAGGCCUUGGCGGCUCGGCAAGUCUCGUCGCGUCGCGUCUCGGGUCCUCGGCAGUUUUCGGCAAUUGUCGUGACAGCGCCGCGUCACGCCUACCGUACGAAACUCGUGAGGGUUAGUCGACCCGGCGCGUCGCCACGCAGUGCACCGUUUUUCGCCGCGAGUUGUUGUUGUCGUCGUUUUUGAUAAGAAUUCGGAGAAGACCCGCGAUCAAUGUGCACGUGCGCGAGUGCGACGUGUGUGUUCUCUCUCUCUUUCCCUCGGAAGUGCGAGAGUAGACGCGGUGUGUGUUUGUGCAGUGUGAUGAAAUGUGCGCGUUCGCGGAAGCACGUGUGACCUCGCGUUCUGCCCCGAAGCUUGUUGUCGGAUACGACGUACCUCGUGGAGCUCCCCGUGGGACGUAGAACGAGGUUAGAUUCUGGCUGUGUGCGAUAUUAUAGCUUGGAGUUCCGAUGGCGGCAACGCCAUUCGGUGUCUGCCCAUGCGUUGGAAGUUUAUUGUGAAGUUUGCCGCGUAUAUACGAUUAUUCCUGUCUUCGCGUCGCUUCGAAUCCCGGGGGCAAAAAAAAAAAAUACGAGGGAGGGAACAGACGUUAUUCGUGCGUGUUAUCGCGUGUUUCGCUCCGUCAGUCUUAAUCUCUCGCUCUUCGGCUCUUAUAUAUUACGUAUGUAUGUGUGUGUGUGUGUAUAUGUUUAUGUCUCGAGAGUGUGCGAGUUUCGAUUGUGGCGACCUGAAGGCGUCGGUACAACGACACGAGAUGCCCAUCCUAAAUUUGCGGUUCCGAGACCCUCACGUGAUUCGAUUGAUCGAAAAGACGAAAUUGACAUUUAUCCUCUCAUUUAAAAAAAAAUCCCCAAAAAAACGCGAACGUUAAAUGGCGCAAAAUGCGCGCGAGUGAGUCGAUGCCUUUCGAAAAACGAUGCGGAUGACAAAACUAGUUUGUCGCAUUUGAUAAGAACCUUCGCGAUACAGUGUCCACUGAAUUGACGGGGGUGGAAUUGUGUACGAAAAUUGUUGUGCGCGAAAUUACGAGAAUUACGACCGGACGACUAUUUAUCACGGAGUAUCAUCGACAUCCGGCGCAACAUGGAUUACCAGCGGCUCCUGUCCUCCAACAACAACAACAAUUAUCCCACGCACCACCAUUGGUUCCCGAAGAUGUGCUCCUGCAUCGAUGGCAAUUCUACGCUGUCGAACAAUCGAUCGGUCGGCCGGACUGCAAGUUACGAACGGCUAGGUUCCGAUCUGACAAUCUUCGAACUUAGCAGCCCGAUGCGAAGAAGUCAAAGAGGAGACCAGGAUUUAAUCGACAGGGAAAGACAGGAAGAAUUGCAAUUCUAUAACAACGAUCAUUCUUUUACCACUGUGGCUGUGGAGAAAAAUCUGCGAACGAUCGAUUUAUGCGAGUUGCUCAAAGUCAAGAGAAAUACGAUUGGCUUUGCCUGGUCGAUAAUCGAGACGUGGCCGAAAUUGGGAAUCGAACGUACAUUAGAAGACCAUGAAGAUAUUUUUGCUGUUCAUAAAGAACUCGAGAUGUUCGCCUCGCGCUACGAGAGGAGGUUUUAUUUCAGUGAAGACUUCCUGAAAUAUGAACCAUUCAUAGAUCCUAAGCAAUUCUUCCCUAUCGAUAUGGUUAUAUUUCCGCGCGGAGAGGACAGGAGCACAUUCACAGAUGCUGAUAGUGCACUAAGGAAUUAUCUGUUACGGGAGGACAGCGAAUGUCCACAAGUAUUCAGCAUGGUGUGGAUGCGUCAUGUAAACUCGAACGGCUGGAGAAAGAUGUACAUGCUGCUGCAAGGCCGGAAACUCUACACGACGAAAAAAACUAUCGCGACGCUGCCGAAACGACCACUGGACAGCGAACAUCUAAUCACGGUCGCGCACUUGUCGGACUACAACAUCUACAGGAUACCGAACGCCAAGCGAGUGUUCGGUGCACCCUUCGAGUGGGGUGUCUGCUUGAGACCGAACAGCAACGCCGAAGCUGAGGACACGGAGGCUGGGGAGCCCGGGAUCAAGGUCAUUACUUUCGAAAACGAAAAAUCGCGCGCCUGCUGGCUCACAGCCAUGAGACUCGCUAAGUACGGCAAACAGCUCCGAGAGAAUUACCGAGCCUUCAAGAACAAGCAGUGCGAGCAGAACAGCAGUGGCAGCCCCAAAGAACAGUACAGCAGCUACAAUGUGUCCAACGAGUCGAUACGAUCUCGCGUGGCGAUGGAUUUUACGGGUAGCGUGGGCAGAAUAGUCGAGGAUCCUAAGGAAGCCAAGGACAUAGCUGAGAAUGAGGGUAUGGUUUGGCGACGGAGAUGGCGACCGUUCUCGCGCACACCACCCGGCUGCGCUAUGAUGAGGCUGCAUGGACUCGACAGUGGUAUACAUGUCCUUCAACCUUGGUUUCACGGUGGUCUCAAGAGGGAUGUCGCAGCGGCUAUUAUAAGGGAUCACGGCAGCGUUGACGGUGUGUUUCUGGUCAGAGAGAGCAAGAGUAAUCCGGGAGCCUUCGUUCUGACCUAUAAGUACAACGACAAGGUCUUUCACGCGCAAAUUCAGCCCAUUUUUGACGAACGUCGCAAUUGCUGGUUAUACACUCUGGACAAGGGGGCGACCAAGUUUUACGACUUGCUGCAACUGGUCGAGUUUUACCAGCUGAACGCGGGUUCGCUGCCCACCCGGUUGACCCACUACGUGCAGAACGGGGUGAAGCCGCCACUUCACAAACCAGAGGACGGCGGUGCAUCGCCGUCGCCGCCCGAGGGCAGCAGUCAGCGAGUCAACAGCACCGACAAGGUUGCCGAGCCGUGCGGCAAACCGAGCAACAUUUGAGUAUAGGACAGCCAGCGACCCGUCGGUGUUGUUGACGGCGAUCGUCUGCCGACCGUUUGCGUCAGCACCAACGGACCCUUCGUCCCCGUCACCGACAACAUCGUGAUGGUGCAUCAUCAUAGCAGCAACAACAAUAACAAGCACCUGGGGAACAAUGGUAGUGGUGACGACAACGGAAAUCGCGACGACGCCCGUACGACACGGUCGGGUUGCUGGAGCCUAUGUCUCUGCAGUUAUAACAAGUGGGAUUUGUAGCGCGAUCAGUGGUAGCAGGGCGAUAUUCGAGCACGCAUGAAAAAGAGGAUGGCUAUUUCGUCGCGAAGAGACGAACGAGGAAGGUACAAGAACGGGGAAGAGAGAAGAGCUGUGUGGCUUGAGCAUCAUCCUCGGAUUUGUUUUCAUAAGCAGCGCAACGUGUGUGUAUGACGUCACUGGGUCGGCUGAUCCGUGCAACAGAAUGACUAAUUUUUGGGCGCGAGAUAAUAACAAAGAAGAUAUGAUCGUCGCGAGAAAAAGCGUAGGAUCGCUGCUACGAAAGAAAUUUUAUUUUCACCUCGAUUUGAUUUUUCAUGUUCAUUCUGUUGUUCUGCUUACGCAGAUAAUGUUCAGAGUAGCGCGGCGAACUAAUAUCCGCCGAACAGCGAUCCUCACGUGGAAACGAAACUUCUUCACUGUUUUUAAUCGUGCAUUACUGUGUUAGUCGUCGUGUAAUAAAAGAUCCAUCUUGUCGUCUAGACCUUUUCCCAAAGACCCUUUUCCCUUUUUGUUCUCCUUCACUUAAUAUUUUCUAUGAUAAACGCGUCUAGACGAUCAAAGAAGCAUCAUGUAUUCUUUUUUCUAUUUUUUUUUUCCAUUUUCUACAUGUCCACGUUUGCGCAAACAUGCCGCGUAUGACUAGAUCAUUAAUCGCGCGCGACGACAUUGUUGUUCGCAAAGUUAUAUUCCGUAAGAAGAAGGGAAAAACGCGAUUGCGCGCACGUGUGUGUAUGCAUAAUGAUGCGUGAUGUGCAUCAUUGGGAUGCGAGAGAAAGAAAAUGGGAUAGGUAAGUGUUGUCGCGGAGUACGAUAUAGUUGUUACACUAUAUCAUGAUGAAUUAGCAAUAUAUAAGAGGAAUACAAAGUUUGAUCUUUCAUGUAUGCAAGGCAUGAGCGCGUGUGCAUAUUUGUGUGGCUGUAUGUAUGUGCAUGUAUUAUGUAUACGUGCGUAUGUAUGUGUGUUUGAAAGAGAUAUGCUAAAGAAGUGACAUGUGGUCUCCCCUUUCUCCAUUUUUUUCUUGUUUUUUUUACGCGCGUAUCGAGCGUUUCUUCUAUUUAUUCGUUUUUCCGAAGAGAAUGCGCGACAGAAUCAACCGCGCGACUGGCUACCACACAACUUUGUCGCCUGACGAUGACGAUGACGACAAUGACGACGACGAAUUUAAACGAUGAAAGAGAAGAAUCGGUCAAAACAAGGGAGAGGAAAGUAGUUAUGAAGCGUCCGCGUAUUCCGUUCAUUAGCUGUAAGGCUAUGUCAGAUUACACGAUUACUUGGAAACAAUAGUGUUUGAGAUUCAUCAUUAAUUCUCGAGUCCAUGGUGUUCAAAAUUAAGUGAGACAGUCUUGUUUACGGGAAGACAAGAGACAUAUGUUUUUCUUAGAGAUGUCUUGCGUCUUGUUUGCAAAAUUUUUAUUACGAUUCCCGAAAAACCGAAACGCGAUGCGAGUUCUCCCUACGGAACGAAAUAGGGGAGAAGCAGCAUGCACACAUAAAAUUAAUGAAUCUAAGAAAUACAAUACAAUACAAUACGAUUAGUGUAAGGAUCCUCAAACGUUGAGGGCCGAGGAACACGCUCGCGGAUUCUUCUGGUACUGUAAA